AUGGAUGACACCGAUGAGAUUUUCACGGAGCCUGAUGAAUUCCUAGACGGUCACAAACCGUCGGCAUCGCCCUACAAUUCCCCCUUCCGCUCCACUCGGCUGCCCAUCCAGAGGAGCAAUGUGUGCUCUCGGGCAUACUUCGUUGUGGUCAUGGUCUUCUUUCAUGUGUACAUACUGAAUGUUAUCGCCCUGCUGCUCUACGUGCACUACAACAACGGACCCGGGGACCUUGUCAGCAGAGACGGGCCGCCGUCGGUGUCGGUGACUGAGCGUGAAAGCUCCUUGCCUCACGCUGCCCCAGCAUCCAGAGAGCUGCACGAGGAGGACUACGUUUCAAGCUUCAGUCUUCCUCGUCUUGAGGGGAUACGCGUAGGGUAUGUCCAACAGGUGUCCCUCACGCCAGACAGAACACAUGAGAUGAAGACGCUGAGCCUGAAACCUCUGCUCUUUGAAAUCCCUGGCUUCCUGUCAGAAGAAGAGUGCCGUGUGGUGGUGCAGCUGGCUCAGCUAAAGGGUCUCAUGGACAGCCAGGCCCCAUCAACCAGCCAAGGACAAGAGGAGCCCAACCAGCCUCUACUUUCUCUUAGUACAGAGGAGAUCUUCAGUCUUUUAGACCUGAACCAGGAUGGGCUGCUGCAGAAGUUUGAGAUUGUGAGUCACUCACAUUCUAGAGAUGGAACUUGGUUGAGUCCAGAAAGUUUACGGCAGAUACUUGCCGGACUGGAAGCCCAUCAGACAGGGAUGCUUACACUGGAGGAUUUUAAGAGAGUGUACAACGUGUCCAAAAGCCCCGGAAAACAGCGAAGUGGGAAGAUUCUGAGUCAGUUCAAACAAAGAAGCAAACAUGCAUGGCUUUACCAGGGCCUGGGAUCCCACCUUGUCCUGCAAACACUCAGGAAUAGAGUAAUAGGUCUGACGCGUCUGCCCUCUUCAUUGGUUGAGCUGAGUGAGCCGCUGCAAGUGUUACGCUAUGAGCUUGGUGACUUCAGUGAUGCCCACCACGAUAGUAACCCUUCUCAUUCAGAAACUACAUGUGCACAUACACGACUGGCAGGAAACACAUCUGCUCUCACGGAGGUCUCGUGUAGAUAUGUUACUGUGUUGUUCUACCUUAACUCUUUGGAGGAGGGCGGUGAGACAACUUUUCCUGUGGCAGACAAUCGAACAUAUGAAGAACAAGCACUAGUCCAGGAUGGUGUGGAUUUGACAGACACCCAGGAGACAUGUGGCAGAGGAAAUCUCAGAAUAAAACCUACUGCUGGGACUGCUCUCCUCUGGUACAACCACCUUUCUGAUGGCAGAGGGUGGAUGGGUGAGCUUGAUGAGUAUUCCUUGCAUGGCGAUUGCCCUGUCAGGCACGGGGUGAAGUGGUUGGCCAACAGCUGGGUAAAUGUGGACCCAGACCACCAGAUGCAGGCCCGCUACCAGAGACUAGUUGCUCAGAAGCAUCAAGUAAAGUCAGGCUUGGAGGAACACUACCAACCUCUCUCACACAGCGACCUCCACCAGGAUCUAUAGCCAGGUUUUCUGAUGACAGUGUAAAUCAUUUUAAAUGUCAGCCAGGCACCAAUGAAACUACUGAGGUCUGACAAAACUUUUGUCUGAGGCUGGACUUGAUAUGAAAAAGACAUUGCACACGUGUUUUCAUUAGUAAUCAGUAAAUGUCUUACAUUAUACUGCAUUAUUCAAGCUUUAAGUGUCUUUGAUGUCCAUCUACAUUUGCUUAACACAUAUGAUAUAGAUUUGUGGGGAGUAAAUUCAUUAGUUUUUUUCACAGUUCAUUUAUAGUACAUGAAAGAAUUAAAAAAAAAUAAAGUCAAUCUUUCUUAGUUCUCACCUUACAGAAAAUUGCAGAUCACAGGAAUAACCUGUCCAUUGGUAGCUGAAUACAGGUUGGAAGACAGUAGUUAUAGCCUGCCUGUUUUGUAUGUUUGUUAGACUGCUGCCCUACUCUUACAGGUCAGUGCUUUUAAUCAUAGAAUCAAAGCCUUUUGUUCCAGACAGUAUCACAAUAUUUACAUAUGAAUAGUUUCCUGAAGGAAACUGUGUGGCAUCCUUGUCUGUUCUGUUAGUCACUUUUUCAGGGAUUAUAAGGGUUUUAUCGUGAAAUGUUAUGUAAUGUGUUUGCCAUAACUUCAAUUGCUAGACUGCUAUAGAUUGAAAGAAAAUAUUUCUUCUUGGUGGUGGUUGUUGAAGCCAUUCAGGUGUAUUUUACUUUUAGAUGAUAUUUAGAUUUUAUUUAUUCACACAACUCAAAUGUUUUAUUGUUUGAGUAUUUAUUUGUCUCUUAAAUUAUUUAAGUUAAAUGACUGCCUAUUUAUUUAUUUACAGCGUGAUAUUGCACUGAACUUGUCACUGUAUUUGUUCUAUCUUAUAUUAUAAACUCGUUUUAUUA